AUGUUUGUGUAUAUCGUAGUAUUUGCUUCAAUUAUUCUCUCCUUCAUCUUCUUCCAAAUAAGCUGGAGAUACAAUAAAGAUACACCUAUCACAAAUUGGCCAAUAAUUGGUAUGCUACCUGGAUUUCUUCAAAAUUCUUCCAAUAUCUUUGAUUAUUUUACCUUGGUUUUGAAACAUUAUGGAGGUACUCUAGCAUUUGAAGGACCCUGGUUCUCAAACACAAAGUAUCUUGUCACUAGCGAUCCCAUGAACGUGCACCAAAUCGUAAGCAAGAAAUUUGGCAACUAUGGAAAAGGGACCGAUUUCAACGAGAUUUUUUAUGGUUUUGGAGGUGGGAUUUUCAAUUCUGAUUUCCAUGCAUGGGAAGAAGCGAGGACAACACUUCAUUCACUGUUUAAAAGGAAAAGCUUUAUGAUCUUCCUUCAACAAACCAUUCAGAAGAAGAUGGAGAAUUUCCUGAUACCAUUUCUUGAUCAUGCAUCCAAAGAAGGAGUUGAGUUGGACAUACAAGAUGCCUUGGAGAGAUUCGCCUUUGACGCCAUCUGCUCCAUUACUCUUGGAUAUGAUCCGAAUUGUCUUCCAAACAAGCUCGCUAAGGUCUCACGCGUUGCUUAUGAGAAAGAUUUAACUGAGACGGCGCAUGUAGUAUUCCUUAGACACUUCAGACCAAGAUGGUUGUGGAAGCUGCAACGAUGGCUCCAUAUUGGUCCAGAGAAGAGGUUCAAAGAGGCCAUAGACAAUCUUGAUAAAUUAUUGAAUGAACGCAUUACAUGUAAACGUGAAGAGCAAAAUAGACGAAAUAGCUCCAAAAAAGUGGAUGACACUCAUUCUGACCUAAUAGGAGUGUUAAUGGAGGAAGCAGCUCUAAAAGGGCAAGUGAUGGAUGACAAGUAUCUUAGAGACACAACAUUUAGCCUUCUUUCUGCUGGAAGCGUCACAGUUAGUACGAGUCUCAGUUGGUUCUUUUGGCUCGUUUCAACUCAUCCACAUGUGGAAGCCAAAAUUCUUCAAGAGAUCAAAGAUAACUGUUUGAAUCAAGAUGGAAACAUCAUUGAUUCCAGUUUAGAAGAGCUUGGUAAGCUUGUUUACCUCCAUGGAGCUAUAUGUGAAGCCCUGAGGCUUUUUCCUUCCGUUCCCUUUAAUCACAAGUGUGCAAUCGAAUCUGAUAUCCUUCCUAGUGGACACCAUGUUAGUCCAAAUACCAAGAUAUUAUACUCUUUGUACUCAAUGGGAAGGAUGGAACAAAUAUGGGGAAAUGACGUCGUGGAGUUUAAGCCUGAGAGAUGGAUUUCAGAGAGAGGACGCGUCAUACACGUUCCAUCUUACAAGUUCAUAGCUUUCAAUGCAGGUCCUAGAAGUUGUUUGGGUAAAGACAUUGCUUUGAUUGAAAUGAAGAUGGUUGCAGUUGCCAUAUUGUGGAGGUUUCACAUGCAGGUCGUGGAAGGUCAUCCAAUAACCCCAAGGAUGUCUAUUUUACUUACCAUGAAACAUGGCUUGAAGGUCAAACUUACUGAGAGAUGCGUUUGA